AUGAAAGAUGCAAUCUCCUCACUAUACGCGCAUAUCAUCUUGUUCUUCCAGCAAGCUGUGAAAUGGUACAACAUGGGUCCAGCGGGACGGGCUAUCUCUGCAAUAUUCAAGCCAUACGAACUAGGAUAUAAAGACACCGUUGAAUAUAUCAAAAUCUGCUUGGAGACGGUCAAUAACAUUGUAGAUGCGGCCGCUGGAGCAGAAAUAAGGGACAUCAAUAUCAUAAUUCAGCUUCAAAGCCAAAAAGUGCACGAGAUGCAGGUGCAGCUGAAAGAAAUGCAGAUGAAGAUAGACGGCCGGAUUAACGAAGUCUUACAAGUUGUAACAAUACUAGGUCAUAAAACUCUUACCGAAAACGUCCAGCUCGACGUACGGGACAUGAAACCCCGGAUCUGUGAUAUUCAAUUUUCCCACAUCAUGGACAUUCUAACACCGAAGUCAAGCCCAGAAGACCUGCUGCGGAAGUCUUAA